GUCAAAAUUAACCCAGUCCUCGAAAAGAACUCAACUCCACAGCACCCACAAUGGCAAAAAGGAAGGCGGACCCUCUCACUCAGGUGCCAGCUGCCAACAGCAGCAAAAAGGUCAAACACGAUACGACUGCAGAGAAAAUGAAACCAAGUCUUUUGGACGAUAGCGAUUCGGGCAGCAGUGACGAUGAUUCUGUUGGUGGAGCAAAAUUGGAAGAGCCAGCUUUUAGAAUCAAUGAAGAAUAUGCGAAGAGAUUUGAACAUAACAAGAAGAGAGAGGAAUUGCACAAAUUGGAGGAGAAAUACCAAAAGACGGCCAAGCCAACGAACGGUCAGUAUGGCGACAAAUACGAUGAAGAUUCCUCGUCUUCCGAUGAUGACGAUGAAGAUGACGAGGGAUUCCUUGCCACAGAGGCCUUGGACGCUGAGAUCUCGGCUACACUACAAGCAAUACGCUCCAAAGAUCCUAGAGUGUAUGACGAAAAGGUGACAUUUUACACACCGAUGGAGGACGAUGACGAAAAUGCGGCCCCCGAAAAGAAAGCGAAGCCAAUGUACCUGAGCGACUAUCAUCGAGAGAACUUGCUGAAAGGCCAUACCGGAGCAGACGACGAGGAAGAGGCGGCCGCACGAACAUUUGCGGAGGAACAAGAAUAUCUCAAGAAGUCCAUUGUCCAAGAGAUGCAUGCUGCUGCGGAAGACAGUUUGGACGACGAUGAAGAUGGAGGGUUCUUAGUUCCAAAACCAACCAGUCAAGGAAUACAUCCAUCAAGAGCAAGCAAAGUCAAGGUUGACCUUGAUGUUGCUACCGCGGACAAGGAUCCUGAGAACUUUCUCUCCAAUUUCAUGGCAGCUCGAGCUUGGGUACCUUCCGAUGGAGCACGGUUUCAGCCACUGGAAUCCGACGACGAUGAAGAGGAUGAGCGAGCGGAGAAGUUCGAGGCGGCUUACAAUUUACGAUUUGAAGAUCCUAAAGGCAGCAACGAAAUGCUAAAGUCCUACGCAAGAGAUAUUGUGGCCGCCAAAACAGUUCGCCGAGAAGAACCAAGUGGCAGGAAGAAGCAACGAGAUGCGCAAAGAGAGAAGAGAGAGGCCGAGAAGUUCGAGAGAGACGAGGAACGAGCACGACUGAGACGCCUUAAGAUUGAGGAAAUGGAGGAGAAGCUCCAGAAGAUCAAGAAAGCUGCGGGCUUAAGGGGAAAGACCCUUAAAGACGAAGAGUGGACCAAAUUCUUGGAUGAUGGUUGGGAUGACGAGCAGUGGGAGGCAGAAAUGGACAAGCGUUUUGGGGAUGAUUAUUAUGCUGAGAAGGAGGCUAGCUCUGACAACAGCGAUUGGUCGGAUGCAGGAGUAAGCAAAAAGAAGAAGGUCAAGAAACCAAGAUGGAAUGAUGAUAUUGACAUCAAGGACCUAAUUCCCGAGUUUGAGGAGGAAGAGACGUCGCUGGAAAAGCCUGUCUUUACCUUAUCUGAUUCUGAAGGAGAUGGUGAGGACGAGAGCGAGAGCGGAGAUGAGAGCGUUCCUAAAAAAUCGAAGACGAGCAAAGAUCGACAACAGGAGAGGCAAGCAAAAAAGAAAGCAGCUCGGCUUGAGCGAAAGAAGAUCGAGGACCUCGUGGAUAGCCAAAUGGAGCUCGACGUCCCCACCAAAUCCAAACAACCAACCAAAUUCCGUUACCGCGAGACAUCACCAACCUCUUUUGGCUUGACGCCUGCGGAUAUUCUCAUGGCUCCAGAUUCCCAACUCAAUCAAUUUGCUGGACUGAAAAAAAUGGCUUCAUUCCGAGAUCCCGGGAAGAAGCGGAAGGAUAAGAAACACCUUGGGAAGAAGGCUCGGUUGCGGCAAUGGAGAAAGGAGACAUUCGGGAAUGAGGAUGGACCGGAGAUUGUUAUCAAUGUCGAGGAAGGAUUUGACGCCGGCGGUGGAGUCGAUAUUGUGGAAGGCGGACGCAAAAAGAAGAAGAGAUCUAGGAAGAGCAAGAACCAAGCUGCUAUCUAGUGAAGGUAGAUGGCGUGCGUACUACUGGUAACUGCUCUCAUUCAUCUAUAGAUGCUGAUAGAGUAAAGGCAGUUGAGAGUGUAAAUGUCCUGCUAUGUCUGGUGCCUCAGACUGAGUGUAGUGUUACCCGAUGAACUUGAAUGCAUUUUCAAUGCCGAACAUCUUUUUUAGUCAAUGUUUUGAGAUCAUACAAAGCAAUCAC